ACCUGCCUGUUUCCAUGGCGACGGGGAAGCCGUUGACCUUUAAUAUCCGUUAUCUGUGGCGUUACUGAUGCCGGCACACAGCUGGCGGGCGUGACACCGGCGUCACGUGAGGGUGUUGGCACCACCUGCAGCAUUUCGUCUGCUAACGGAGAGAAAUGGGAAAACCCGGCAGCUAGUUCGAGAUAUUUUAUCCACAUCCUCGUCAAUGUGGAAGCAAAAUCUUCUCUUUGAAUUGCAGCGUUAUUAUGAAGAAAACAAAAUGAAAUAUACGUGAUUACGAAGCAGCCUAUUCCAAAAGUCGAGUGAUAAGUUUAAGGUAGCAAUGUCCAGUCAAGAAUGCAUAACAUCAUUAGGGUUAUGAGGGUAGUUAACUGCGUAUGGGAGAUUGGAAGCUACUGAUGGUUAUAUGUAUAUCUUGUCCCAAAGGCAUAUUUUUUCACUGUCUGCUGUGGACAAAUAAAUGCUUGUAAAUACCUGCUGUGCUUAUAAGUACCUGCUGACAGCAAGAGCACUUUUGCAAGUAUAAAAAAAUGGCAAACUGCUGUCUCCAUGAUAACCUUUUCAGCACCACAGUGAUUUGUUGUCCGUAAUACAACUCACUGACCUGUUUCAGGCACCAUUUCUUCACCUUUACUGCAGAUAGCAGGGUGUCAUGCACUUAAAAAUAAAAGUAGGCUUCCAUGUGUGUCAAUGCUGGCAAUGUCCACAGUGAAAUUGCUGUGGAUUUAUUAUGCAUGGCAGGCAGUGAAAAAUGAAUGUCUGAAAGAAACUGACAUGGAUAACAUAGCAUUACACUAUCUAGUGGACAGAAGAAACUCUGCAUGUUAAGAUACUCAAACUAUUAGUGUUUGUGUACAGUAGAGCUGCACUAAAUGAUCUGGCAAAAGUCACCAAGUAUAUUUUUGCAUGAUGGAGCUUGGUCUCAUUCCAUAUUUGCUGAUAAAGCUCUUUCUUUCCAGAAUACACAUAUGUGAGGUUUAUUGGUUUUUGCCAGUGUGCCAAUUUGCAUGAGACUGGUGACUGCUUGAGUCAGUGCAGCUCACUUUUUUCAUAGUGCACUCUAACAAAGGGAAUCGUUUUGCAAAUGAUGCUCUAACAUCUCUGCUGAAAUGUCUCGAGGGGCCACAGUGAGGACCUCCGUAUCCCUCACCUCAUUAGGAUGGCUCUACUUAGUUCAGGGCAUCCCGUAUGGGCUGCAAGACAAGUUCAUUCCAAUUCAGCUUCGUUCACGGGGACUGCAGUAUUCAAGUGUGUCUCUGUUGAAAGCCCUGUUAUUUCCAUGGGUUGCAAAAGGACUGUGGGCUCCCUUGGUUGAAAUCUUCGGCGGCAAACAUUGCUGGCUCUUGGUAUCACUUGUUGCUCUCAGUGCUUCAGCGUAUGGAGGAUCACUUGUCAUCCCAGAAGAUGUCUUUGAGAUUGGGUGUGUCCUUCUCUCUCUGAAUGUGUUCUCGGCCAUCCAAGACAUUGCUGUGGAUGGGCUGGCACUUGAAGUCCUCCGAGAUGAACACCUUGGGCUCGGAAACACCAUACAGGUGGUCCUCUACAAAGUUGGAUGUUUGUUAGGUGGUGCUGGACUCACUUUUUUAUUGGAUCUCACCAACUGGAAGAUCACAUUCAACUUCCUCGCCUUUUUAUAUCUUUUCACUGCUGCUUGGUCCAUACAUCUGCCCACUAGCAGUAACAUGUUUGUUAAAUACUCUGUUGUGGAUAAGGAGAACAAGCGCAAAAGUUCUUUCAAGGCCGGGAAUGAUUCCCAGGUGAACCUAGACAGUGCUCAGGAUAUGAGUCAGUGUAAGGACAAGGCUGAAUCCCAGAUAAAGAAAGUUUUUGGUAUUAUAAGAGAGGUUGUGACCACACCAGGAACAGGAUGGCUCAGCCUGUAUGUCCUCUUAUACAAAAUGGGCGAGAGAGGAGCAAUAAACAACAUGCCUCUCUUCCUUUUGGACAAAGGUAUGUCAAAACAUCUUCUGGCUUUCUGGAAUGGCUCAGUCUGUCAAGGUUUGUCCAUCCUCGGCUCUUUUUAUGGAGGCAUCACUCUUGCAAACAAAGAUGCUGACAUUAAAAAUGUGUUACUCUUACAUUCUGUGUACAGAGUGUUUGCUGUACUAGUAAUGCUAGUCUUGAUCACAUUAUGGAAUGAACAUUAUAUAUCUAUUUAUUUCUCUUCGGGUAUAGUAAGUAUGUGUUCUCUUAGCUUCACCAGUGGUGUUAUAUCUACUGCGUCAUUCACUCUCAUGAUGAAAGUGAGUAGAGCGUGCAAGGGGGAGACGCAGGCUAGCCACUAUAGUGCUUUGGCCUCGAUUGAGAUUGCUGGUAAACUUGUAUUUGCAACUCUGGCAGGUUUUGUUAUUGAGUCUGUUGGCAUGGCAUCAGCAUUUUUGACUUUUACUGUAUUGUGUACACUGCCUUGCAUGGUACUACUAAUAAUCCCAAGCCAUCUGUGUCACCUGAAAAAUGAAUGAAAAUAAAUGAUUUAAAAAUCA